AUGAAGGUUUUGAUUAUAGGCUCUGGAGGACGUGAGCAUGCUAUACUUUGUGCUUUAAAUAAAUCUCCUAUGCUGACCAAGUUAUAUAUGACUCCUGGUUGUCAAGCUACGGAAAAUUUAGCUACCUUAGUAGAUAUAAAUCCUAGUAAUUCAAUGGAUGUAACGCAAUUUUGCAAGAGGGAGAAUAUAGAGUUGGUCGUUGUUGGUCCAGAACAGCCAAUAAUCAAUGGUCUUUCUGAUGACUUAACCGCAGAAGGAAUCAAUGUUUUUGCUCCAACUAAAGCAGCCGCAAAGCUUGAAGCAUCAAAAUCUUUCACUAAGGAACUAUGUAAACAAUACAGCAUACCAACUGCUAAAUAUGAGUAUUUUGUUGAUGAAAAUUCGGCUAAGAACUUUGUAAAGAGUAGAAAAAUAAAAUUUCCACUUGUAAUUAAGGCAAAUGGACUUGCGGCAGGAAAAGGUGUUAUAAUAUGCGACACAGAGGAUGAAGCUUUUUCUACUAUAAACUCAAUGCUAGUGGAGAAAAAAUUUGGCGAAUCAGGUGAAGAAAUAAUUAUAGAAGAAUUUUUAGCCGGGAAAGAAGUUAGUUUUUUUGUUCUUGUUGAUGGUUUAACAACAGCAAUGCUUGGCUCUGCAAGAGACUAUAAAAGGGUACGUGAAAAUAAUGAAGGACCAAAUACAGGUGGCAUGGGAGCAUAUUCAUCACCUUCAAUUAUCAGUAAAGAGAUGGAGCAAAAAAUUAUUCAAAGAAUAAUAUAUCCCACAAUUCAAGCAUUAGUUAAUAUGGGCACACCUUAUCGAGGAAUACUAUUUGCUGGUUUAAUGAUUACUAAAGAUGGUCCAAAACUUCUUGAGUAUAAUAUCAGGUUAGGUGAUCCAGAAGCACAAGUAAUAUUGCCUAGAAUUGACCCUAACUGUGACUUAUUAAAGUUGAUGUUAUCAGUUGUGCAAGGAAAGUUAAAUACUAAAAUGGUAGAACUCGAUAACAAAUCCACAGUUUGUGUAGUAGUAGCUAGUGAAGGUUAUCCAAAUGAUUAUAAGAAAGGAGAAAUUAUAAAAGGAUUAGAUAAGAUUGAAAGUAUUCCUGAUGUUUCACUGUUUCACGCUGGAACUAAGUUGGAUGAAAAUGGUAAUUGGAUUUCAGAUGGAGGUAGAGUAUUGAAUGUAGUUGCAGAGGGGAAUACAGUAGAAGAAGCAAAAAGUAAAGUGUAUUCAGCCCUAAACUUUUUAGAGUGGCCAGGGGGGGUUUUUAGGUAUGACAUUGGAUUGUCUGAAAAAUAA